CUCCUCCCCUUUCCUUAACUUACAGGGAUAGUAAGUUGCUGUAUUCCCAGCACAUGCAGAUUGUCAGUUUUCUCUGUCUCCCACUCACUGAACUGCUGUAUCUGCUGGGAAAUUCCUGCCGUAUCUGCCACCUCCAUUUGUGUACAACACUGAAAAUCUGAAAAGGUUUCUCCAGUACCUCCCACGGAAAAGGGUCUCUCACUUUUCUGAAGGGAUUUUGACAGAAGUUAGUUGUAAGAGAAAACUUUCUGCAAGACAGAUGACUAAAGGGAACGGAGAAGAUCCCAAAAGUGGAAGUAGGAUGGAACGCUUUCAACAAGGAGUCCGGAAACGUACACUUCUGGCCAAAAAAAAGGUGCAGAGCAUAACAAAGGAUGAUGUUAAAAGUUACUUAUUGAGGAAUGCCUUUGUGCUCUUCACCGUUGUUGCUGUGAUUCUUGGUGUAAUUCUUGGAUUUUCUCUCCGAUCAUACAAGAUGAGCUAUCGGGAAGUCAAGUACUUUUCAUUUCCAGGAGAACUACUCAUGAGAAUGCUGCAAAUGCUGGUCUUGCCACUAAUUGUGUCCAGCUUAGUCACAGGAAUUGCUGCCCUGGAUAGUAAAGCAUCAGGGAAGAUGGGAGUCCGAGCAGUAGUCUACUACAUGAGUACUACAAUCAUUGCUGUACUGAUUGGUAUAAUCAUUGUGGUCAUCAUUCACCCUGGGAAAGGUACAAAAGAAAACAUGCACAGAGAAGGCAAAAUUGUGCAAGUGACAGCAGCAGAUGCCUUUCUCGAUUUAAUCAGAAAUAUGUUCCCUCCAAAUCUGGUGGAAGCUUGCUUUAAACAGUUCAAAACUAACUAUGAAAAGAGAAUGUUUAAAGUAGAUAUUCCACCCAAUGACACAUCCACAGUGGCUUCCAUAAUAAACAAUGUGUCUGAAGCAAUGGAAACUCUCACCCAAAUGAAAGAGGAAAUGGUUCCUGUUCCAGGUUCUGUAAAUGGAGUGAAUGCCCUUGGCUUGGUGGUUUUCUCAAUUAGCUUUGGCUUAGUGAUCGGAAGCAUGAAGGAGCAAGGUCAGGCAUUAAAAGACUUCUUUGAUAGCCUUAAUGAGGCUAUCAUGAGAUUGGUAGCUCUAAUCAUGUGGUAUGCACCACUUGGAAUCCUCUUCUUAAUUGCUGGAAAAAUUGUUGAGAUGGAAGAUAUGGGUGUGAUUGGUGGUCAGCUUGCCAUGUAUACUGUAACAGUUAUCAUUGGUUUGCUUAUUCAUGCUGUCAUUGUCUUACCUCUUCUGUACUUCCUGAUCACUCGUAAGAACCCCUGGGUAUUUAUUGGAGGCCUAAUCCAGGCACUAGUCACAGCUUUGGGAACAUCUUCCAGUUCUGCAACACUACCUGUUACAUUUAAAUGUCUAGAAGAAAUAAAUGGAGUGGACAAACGAGUUACAAGAUUUGUUCUCCCUGUUGGUGCUACAAUUAAUAUGGAUGGAACUGCUCUAUAUGAGGCUUUGGCUGCAAUUUUCAUUGCACAGGUUAACAACUUUGAUCUGAACUUUGGGCAGAUUAUCACAAUCAGCAUCACAGCUACUGCUGCCAGUAUUGGGGCUGCAGGCAUUCCUCAAGCUGGACUGGUCACCAUGGUCAUUGUGCUUACAUCAGUUGGUUUGCCUACAGAUGAUAUCACUCUUAUCAUUGCAGUGGACUGGUUUUUGGAUCGUCUCCGUACCACCACCAAUGUCUUGGGAGACUCCAUUGGAGCAGGAAUUGUUGAACACUUGUCACGGCAUGAGCUGAAGAACAGGGAUGCUGAGAUGGGUAAUUCUGUGAUAGAGGAAAAUGAAAUGAAGAAACCUUACCAGCUGAUCUCACAAGAAAAUGAGAGUGAGAAACCAUUAGAUAGUGAAACCAAGAUGUAGGGUAAGGAAGGCAAGAGUCCAACACUACAAGUGUGAAAUAUACACACUUAUUCCAGCCAUUUAUUUCAUGAAUUUACCAAGUCCACUUAUUCCCUGUAAUCUCCCUUUAUGCUUGCACUGGAAAGAAUUAAUGAAAAUAUAUUCCAAAUUAGCAGUGAUCAAGGUAUAUGUUGUCUUCCCACUUAAAAAAAUAAAAUAAAAUAACAGGCAACAACACUGGUCCUGCUAUACAAGUGAUAACUGGGGAUAAAAAAAUAAUCAAUUAAGUUAAAAAAUAAAAAUAUAAAUCAGUGUGUGUGUUACUCGGUCCUGUAAAUGUGAUUUUUUUUUUUUUUUAUGAACUGGAAAGUAAGAACAGAUAACAGAGCCUGAAAAUGGUUUUAUUUUUUUAAAUACCUGUUGUGAAAUUCCUAACAUCUAUAAGCACACAAUCAAUACUUCUAACUUAAUAACUGCAUUCAGCUAAGUAAAUUAACAACAUUUUUUGUUUUUUUCAUCUGAUGUUCUUUUGUCCUAGCAUUACAUCCUUGUUCAAUUACUAGCAAGACAAUAAAAAGGACUGUAAUUGAAAGGAUUAAAAAAAGAGAGAUGUAAGUAAAGAAAAAACAAACAAACACAAACACAAUCAGCACUUUUAUCAGCUGACUUGAAAUACUUCAGAGAAAGUGAUUUUAUCUGGACACAGUUUUUUGCAUUGUCCUCAGCUGAUCUUGACAGACACCUAGUCAGCUCCCACUGACUUGUCAACAUUUAUGUAUGUACCUCCACUCUGGAUUUGCCCCCAUAAUUUCAACACCAUGACCCAGCUGAACAAUAGAUGUGUGUAAGUGCUUGUAGGAGCAAAGCCCUAGGCUGUAUUGACUCUGGGACUGGAAAUGCAUCUUCAUCUAUGUGUGGAGGAAAAAAAAACUAAUAAUAAUAAUAAUAAUAAUAAUGCUCUGGGUAUGCCAAUUAAUCUCCUUAAUAAGCAAUAAUAAGACUAUGAGGGAGUGGUAUCCCUCUGCAGAAAGUGCAGAAGGGUGAGAUGAUCAUAUCCUAAUGGGACUGGAUUCUAAAUCUGAAUCCCUGAUGCCAACAAGGGACUUUCUGAUUGGAAAAUUUCCAAAUGCUUGCUCACUCUACUGACAGCAAUAAAGCUGUUAGUUGGAUUUACAUUUUUUUGCAUGGAGAAUGCUUCCUAACUACAUGACAAUUUUCAAAAUCCUUGUGCAUUUAUUGGCAGCAUCUCAAAAAUAAAAAAUAAAUAAAUAAUUUUUAAAAAAACAACCCUUUAGAAAGCAAAACUAAUGGGUGCUUUUUUACAUUUUUCUAGGAAAAAAAUAUAUAAAAUGCAAAAUAGUAAAUACUAUAAUAAAUAUUGAAAACUUAAUUAGAAAGAAUUUUAAAGCGCAAUAUUGUAGGUUUCUUUCAGGAAACAGAUAAACAAAGAAUGAAAAAAAAAAGGGGAUAAUUCACUUGUAGUCUAGUGGCUGUUAGUUCAUUUCAACAUUAUUCUCUGAUUAAGCCCUGUUCUAGAAAUGUAAAUUAUAAAUAUUUUUUACUUUUUAUCUUCUAUUAUUAUAGAGGUUAAACUGGAAAGUUUAAUAAUACACUUAUGGUUGAAGGAAUGAAGAAAUAUUAAUUGACAGGCACAAUAAUGUUGAGCAAUCAUUUGUAUUCAAACAUAAGUUUCUCUUCUUUCUGCCUUCCCUGUUUAAAAAUAAGUAAAUAAAUACAAAUGAAGGAUUCCCUUGCAAUGUCACAGUUGUUAAUCAAAAAAAAAAAAAAUAGUAUGUUCCUUUUGUCACUAAAAGAAUAUAAAUACAGUGUGCUUGACUGUAGUGAAUAUUUCAGCAUCUUGACAGAAGGCAAAUCUUUUUCCAUGUCUAAAGUAACAAGGCAAGACUUUUUUUUCAGGACUGAAAACUCCUGCCCAGCUUCUCCUGUUGAGUAGCCGAGACAGCAUGGGCAGGAAGACUUCAGUGACUGAAGUGAGCCGGGUUUAACCCAGACUAUCGAGCAGUCAAACCUGCAAAACUCUAAAUGAAUCUCUGGCUGAAAGAAAGCAAGUAUGAUUUAUUUUUUUCUAACAGAACACAAAUCUAGAAUUCAGACAUUUUCUGAUAUGUAAUUAGAGAUAUUUUUAUAUAGCUACUGUAUUCAGAAUAUGUGUGUAAAUGUUAACUGUAGAAUUUAUGGCAUAACAAUUUAACUUUUGUUAAGAUUCUGUUUGGAAAUACAUUGCAAAGGUUUAAUGUAAAUGGCUGUCUUUCUAUGACAUCAGCUGAGAAAAAUGAAUUGUGUCACAAAGUAUGUGAUCUUCUUUUAUACUAACUGUUUCUUUUGGAAAUCAGAUAUUAUAGAAAGAUUCCUUUUCCCAUCCCUUAUUGGUUCUGCAUUGGUAUGCACCCAGAGUGGAUUGAGAAACAUUACUUUGUAGAUGUAUUUUCAAUAAAAAUAGUUUUACAUUA